AUGGGAGGAAACGAUCGAAAAUAAUCUAAUAGAUAACAGGGAUAAAACCAAAAUGAAAACUAAAAGGAAUCAGCUAGUAAUGUAGAAAAUAAGACUUUAGGAACUUAAAGAUAAGAGGAAACCAAAAAUGAAGAAUCAGUGCUCAAUUCUAAGGAUAAUAAUGGUGAUGGAAUGGCUUUUGAAUGUAAAAUAGGAAUUAUUUAACUACUUUUAGUACACAAAAUAAGCAUGACUGAUGAUGAAAACGACUAGAAUUAUUAGUUCUAUAAGGAGUAUUGCCGCUUGUACUAUGCAAACAUAGUUUUGACAAACAGACUUCAGCACUUGCUUAAUGAAAAACAAGAUCUCCAAUUCAAACUAAAUAGAUUAGAGUCUAAUAAGAGGAAGCACGAAGAGGCAUUAGGUAUGACAUUUGAUAUAGCAGAGGAAAAGCGCAAAAGACAUAGAAGGACUGCUACAGAAAUAGCUAGACACUAUCGAUGUCCGAUUGAGGAUUGCCCCAAAUCUUAUGGGUCAGAGGGCUCAUUAAAUCAACAUUUGAAACUGAAGCACCCUGAGUUUUAUUAGUAACUCUGCUCCAGUAACUAAAUAAAUCCAGGCCUUUCAAAGCACGAUUCUACUAUUAACGAUGGGAAAUCAAUAUAUUCAGGGAGUUACGACGAGAGAGAAGAUAAUGUAAGUGACGAGAGUUAUGAUGAUGAUGAAGAGGAUGAAAAAAGUUAAAAAAAUAACAACGACAUUAAUAACAAAUAAUAUAAAAUCAAAGAUUCAUCUAAGUAAUGA